CUGCUAAAUACAUCAUGUACUAUAAAGACUGCAGAUGCAGAAAUGCUUAAUUUUCUGGACAACAAAGAGGAAGUUUCUGCAUAUAGUCUGGCUGAUAAACUGAGGGCCAUCACAAUGUGUCAAACAGGAAAUAUGUGACAUUUCAAAUAAUGUGUGAUUCAGACUUUGUGGUCUGGUUACGGGUUGGUGUAUAAACCCUCGCAUACAGCACCAACAAACUAGUUCCUCCUCGUCCAUCUGCUGACAAACCCUUAAGCUGCUGGAUGCCCAGAUUGCAGGCUGACUGCAGCCAUGAGUCGGCGGCAGGUUUCCAUCAAAGACCUGGGCGUGGCAGACUGCCAGGGAUGGCUGCACCGCAGGAAGGAGGGGUGCAGCUUCCUGGGGAGUAAAUGGAAGAAAUACUGGUUUGUGCUGAAGAAGUGCUCCCUGUACUGGUACGCUGACAGGAUGGCCGACAAGGCAGACGGGUUCAUCAACGUGUCCGGCUUCACCAUCGAACAGGCCAAACACUGCAGGAAGAAACAUGCCAUAAUAGCCACUCAUCCACUGGUUGUGACCAUUUUCUUCGCUGCAGAAAGCUUCAUAGAGAUGAAUAAGUGGAUCACCAACUUGUCAGAAGCAGCGAAGCAGCAUGAAGUGAUCAACACUGAAGAGUGCUACAGCGAGAGCAGCGAUCAGGAGGGUGACGAGCCCGUUUCAACCUGUUCUCAAGACUCUGAACAGGGCACAACAGAAUCUGAAAAUGGAGACGUCUCUGAGCCUCUCUGUGAGUCUUCAUCCUGCCCCUCCAUCCCUCUGUCUAUGACAGCCACGGAAAACAGGAGUAUUAACACCUCAGAUGGAGGAACCUUGAGUAGAAACAGAGGAAGAAGAGCAGCCUCAGAGGGUGGUGAGCGCCUGUCCUGGCAGGAUGUAUCCAGGCCAGAUGGAGCGGCGCCCACAAUCCAGCUUGAAGAAAAAGAAGAGGACGAUAUCCACGGUACAUAAGGCAGGUGUGUUGGGAAGCCUCCCAGGAUGAAAAGGGACCAUAGAUUCCACACAUUCAUGACUGCUGAUUAUCACCAGUGCAGGUUUUCAGCCUACAGUGAAGUCAGUGUGUGGUUGGUGAGGGUCUUAUGAUGGACAUACAAGAGACGUUUCAGUGAUGAUCACAAGCUCGUAAGGAUGGAUUAGUAGAUGCACCUACUGGGCCCAGGGGUCAGUUAGAAAGCACAACAAAAAACAAAGAUUACACAAAAGAACUGAAAAUGAUUGAACAGCAUCCAUUGGGGGGUCCGACAUAGGAGAGGAGGGGCUCCUUGAACCUGUGUCCACAUGCUCAUUGUUUCAUAAUCCAUCUGAGCAGCCAUGAGAUGAAACCUCAGAGACGUCCUAGAAACAGCUUUGACUGCAUAAACAUUUUCAGUAAAGUGAGUCUGCAGUUGUUUUAGCAUUCAAAUGUGAAAUUCCCAGUUUAAUGUCAAAUUAAACAGGCUGUUAUUCAUAACCAAGUACUUUUACAGUAUGGUAUUAGUACUAUGAGUAGCUGUUCCACCUCUGAUAAAAGGGAAACAUCUCACCCAUUUGGGUUGUGAACCCUCUGGCUUUAUACUUUUAAUGUUGAAUUAAAUAUCACAUGUUCGGGCUUUUAGUUGAGCCCCAGAUGAAAUUCCAAUGAAACA